AUGGCGACACAGUCCGCUCGCACAGCAAGGCAAAAAGUUCACGACAUCAUACGACCCUUCGGCGUAGGUAGUGUGGACGACUUCCUAUAUUUCUUGAAGUGGUCCAGCUCUGUUAUUACAGGGGCAUCCGCGCUCGCAUUUUUCACGGGUGAAGAUAUUACUCCUCAUAACCUCUCUCUGUCUGUUAGUCAGACUGGUCGUUCUCGUGUGCACGUCUUUUGUGUGCGACACGGAUAUGAAUAUUUGCAAACCUUCCACUCAGACAACGAGCAAUCAGUUUGGACCGAACACAGCUACUACUGUAACUUUGAAUCCGGACGCCAGAUUACGGUUACAAUAUCCAGAAAUCAUGUCCCAUUUUUGCCUGUGUUCAAUUUCAGCACGACGUUUGGCAUGAACUUCAUAACACCCCAGGGCGCGGUAUGCUUGUAUCCGGAGUAUUUGCCGAGAAACCAAGGCGUCAUUCUUUAUAGGAGAUCGGACAAUGAAGUCAUUGGGGAACUCCUUCACCGUCACAAUUUCAUUCUGCAACCCUCAUGCGAUAACACUGUUCGCUCCUUCCUGGAGCACCCCCGAGGAAUGUCAUUGGACACCAUAUUAUUCAUUCCUUUGGACAACUCAUAUGUUGGCGCGUCCCCUAUGCAACAGUAUGAUAUUGUUUGGCGUCUCGCGGGCCAGUCUGGGUCCCCGAAUGGCGCUGUGAUUGACUUACAAAGUGACCAAAUUCGUGGGUUCUCUAAGACUUUCCGUCGAGCAAUAACGAUCUAA